UUUCGAUAGACUCCGGUUGUGGACUUCACAUCAAAGUGUUCGCGCUCCGCGGUACAAAAAUGAGAUUACCAAGCUUGGUGCUUCUGGUAAUACUUGGUCUUUUGACCAAUCAGUCCCGGGCAUUCAAUGGCGCUUGGGAAAAGUUGCACCGGGAACCACCCGUAAGAGGAAUUCCCAGUCGAGACGUACCAUCGGUGGAUGUCAAGUGGAUUUCCCAAAAAGUAGACAACUUUGACCCACAAAAUCCGUCCACGUGGAGUAUGCGAUACAUGGAAAUCGAUGACUACUAUAGCCCCGGGGGUCCAUUUUUCAUUUUUCUGGGAGGAGAAUGGGAAAUCAGUGGAGUAAGCAUUCAACGAGGACACUUCCACGAUAUGGCCAGGGAGCUAGGAGCUCGCAUUUUCUACACCGAACACCGGUACUACGGGAAGAGUCGACCAACGCCAAACACCGCGACACAUCUGCUGAAGUAUCUCAACAUCGAUCAGGCCCUGGCGGAUUUGGCGCACUUUAUCGUCGAAAUGCGUGCCACCAUUCCGGGUGCGGAAAAUGCCAAAGUGUUCAUUGCCGGUGGUUCCUAUUCAGCAACCAUGGUGGCGUGGUUCCGACAGAAGUAUCCCCAUCUGGUGAACGGAGGAUGGGCUUCCAGUGCUCCACUACUCGCUAAAAUGGAUUUCGUAGAAUACAAGGAAGUGGUGAGCGAAUCGAUCCGUCUGGUGGGUGGAGAAUCAUGCGCCAACAGAAUCGCCGGCGCCUAUCAACAAGUGGAGGCGCUGCUAGAUGCCGAAGAGUACGAUACCGUCAUUGAAAAGUUCCGCUUGUGCAACAACACCGAUUUCUCCAACCGAUUGGAUAAAAUGGCCUUCCUGUCUACAAUGUCCGACUAUUUCGCCGGCAUAGUUCAGUACCAUCAGGAAGGAGACAUUGAGGGAGUAAUUUGCGAAUAUCUGAAUAACGAUCGUCAUGCCAGUGAUAUUGAUGCUUUAGCCGCUUGGAUUACCCAAUGGUCAAACAGGUGCAUGGACAUUUCGUAUGACAGUUCGGUACAGUACUACAGUAACACAGAUUGGAAUCAUCCAGCAAACGCAGGAAUUAUGAGACUAUGGUUGUACCAAACUUGUGCCGAGUAUGGAUGGUAUCAAACAUCGGGUUCGGAGGAUCAAAUUUUUGGAUCAGGAUUCCCGGUCGACCUUUUCGUUGAGCUCUGCUAUGAUUUGUAUGGUCGCAUGUUCACGGAGAGCCGCAUGGAGUCGAAUAUCGAUCGCACUAAUGCCAUCUACGGCGAUAUGAACCCGGCAGUGACGAACGUAUUCUUCACUCAGGGUCAGCUGGACCCGUGGCGCCCGAUGGGUCUUCAGGAAGACCUGAAUGAAGAUUCGCCGACGGUCGUCAUUCCUUUGGCUUCACAUUGUGCUGACUUCGGUUCGAUCAGUGAAUACGACUCACCGGAGAUGCGAGCGACCAAGGAAAGAGUGUUUGAACUCGCCAAACAAUGGUUGUCAUAAAUUUAGAAAAAUAUAGAACAUCAUUUUGAUGAUCAAAUUAUUUUUUGUUGAAGGAUAACGAAUAAAAGAAAUUCUUUGAAAACAAAAACAAAGAUUUCUUCGAAAUUAAAAUAUUCAAGCUUGCCAUU